CUCCGCCUGCCCGAGCGGCCGCCGCUGAGGUAACCCCUGUCGUCUUCACCCGCCCAGCCGUCGUCAUGGUGAAACUGAGCAAAGAGGCCAAGCAGCGGCUGCAGCAGCUCUUCAAGGGCGGCCAGUUCGCCAUCCGCUGGGGCUUCAUUCCUCUCGUGAUUUAUCUGGGUUUUAAAAGGGGUGCAGAUCCUGGAAUGCCUGAACCAACUGUUUUGAGCCUACUUUGGGGAUAAAGGACUGUUUCUUCAUCUGGACUCAGAAGCAGUCAUCGGACGAGAGCAACGUGGAACAUGUGUGCUCUGGCUGGCACAAGACCUGGGACGCCAUUCAGUCGUCAGACCGAUGGCACAGGGCUCGACGUGGAUGCAUCUGUAGCAGACUGGAACUUCUACUGACCUAUUUAUGAUAGAUUGGUGAAAAUAAAUAUUUUAACAA